UUGAGGACAGGAAUGCAUUUGUCACAGGAAUUGCAAGGUACAUUGAGCAGGCUACGGUCCAUUCCAGCAUGAAUGAAAUGCUGGAGGAAGGACAUGAGUAUGCAGUCAUGCUGUAUACCUGGCGCAGCUGUUCCCGGGCCAUCCCCCAGGUGAGACCGUCCUCGCCGGGUGCCCUCCCGGCCCUCCACCUCACCCCCUCCCAGACAGCUGAGCCUCUCCAGAUGGCAGGGAAGGAAGCAGGGCCUCUUACCCAAGGGUGCUUGCUCACGACAUCUGGAGCGCUUCCCAUGAGACUGAAGACAACUUAAAAAAUAUCAGUUCAGGGCACCUGGGUGGCUCAGUCGGUUAAGCGUCCGACUUUGGCCCAGGUCAUGACCUCACGCUCACGGGAUGGAGCCCCACGCCAGGCUCUGUGCUGACAGCGUAGCACAGGAUUCUCUCUCUCCCUCUUUCUCUGCCUCUCCUUAUAUUAUUUAUAAAUAAAUAAACCUAAAAAAUUGUCCAUUACUUCAAAAGCAGUAUGUGCUACCUGUAUGACACCCAGACCAUUGCAGAAAGAGAUAAAGUAAAAAGCAAGAUGUCCCCACCUCCUGACCCCCACUACCUGGACCCACCUCCCACCAAAGCAUAGUCACCAUGCAUACCUUGCUGCGUGGAUCCUUUCCCUCGAAUAUCAUAAAUGUCCCUAUGAAUAUUAUUUUGGAAAUUAUCAUUUAUAAAAGUGUGUUUUGUAUUUGUAUUGUCCUGCCACUUGCUUUUUCCACCUAAUUCUUUACCACUUUUUCAUGUUGACUCAUACAGAUAUUACAUUUACUAUAAUUACCAUCAUCCUGUAAUUCAUGGGCCCCAUUAUUAUAACAAGGUUAACAAACCACAGGUGUGUAAAGUAAACAGAAACUAUUCCUCUGUCUUCCCCUUAAUCAUAGCCCCCAGAGUUAACUGCUUAUUAACAGUUUGCUUUGAACUUAGAUUCCCUAUGCCUGUAUUAUAUAUGGACACAUAAACACAUACGCAGUUUUGUUCUGUUUUGUUUGACAAAAAAUGGGAUUGAAUUACACUUCGUGUCCUGCAAGUUUUUUCACCCGUCAGUUUAUGGUAGUAAUCUUUCCAUGUCAGUUCCCGCAGAUCUAUCUCAUUCCUUCUAGCAGCUUUAUAAUGAUACUGUAUGAAUGCAUCGUAUUGUAUCCAUUUAAUCAUUGACUGGUAGAUAUUUAACUUAUUGCUACCAUUUUAAGAAUCUCUAAGCAACAAUGUGAAGAAUGUCCUCGCGCUUAUCUUUUGCUCACUCUUGUUUCAGUUGACCAGUUAGCAGUCUCGGGUGUGCAUGCUGUGAAAACAUCUGCCAUGUGAUACUGAUGUGUUGAAAACCACUGGGCAAAGAAAAGGGGUUUCUUGAUGGAGCCAAGUUUGGCCAGGGGGCCUCACCCCGGGUGCAUCUGGAACAGUGGCUGGACCAUUUUUCUCUGCUUAGAACCUGGUGAAAUGCAAUGAGCAGCCCAACCGGGUUGAGAUCUAUGAGAAGACAGUGGAGGUGCUGGAGCCAGAGGUCACCAAGCUCAUGAAGUUCAUGUACUUUCAGCGUAAGGCCAUCGAGCGGUUCUGCAGUGAGGUGAAGCGCCUUUGCCAUGCCGAGAGGAGGAAGGACUUUGUCUCUGAGGCCUACCUCCUGACCCUGGGCAAAUUCAUCAACAUGUUCGCCGUCUUGGAUGAGCUGAAGAAUAUGAAGUGCAGCGUCAAGAACGACCACUCUGCCUACAAGAGGGCGGCACAGUUCCUGAGGAAGAUGGCAGACCCCCAGUCCAUCCAGGAGUCGCAGAACCUUUCCAUGUUCCUGGCCAACCACAACAGGAUCACCCAGUGUCUCCAUCAGCAACUGGAAGUGAUCCCAGGCUACGAGGAGCUGCUGGCAGACAUUGUCAACAUCUGCGUGGAUUACUACGAGAACAAGAUGUAUCUGACCCCCAGUGAGAAGCACAUGCUCCUCAAGGUAAUGGGUUUUGGUCUCUACCUGAUGGAUGGAAAUGUCAGUAACAUUUACAAACUGGAUGCCAAGAAGAGAAUCAACCUCAGCAAAAUUGAUAAGUUCUUUAAGCAGCUGCAGGUGGUGCCCCUUUUCGGCGACAUGCAGAUAGAGCUGGCCAGAUACAUUAAGACCAGUGCUCACUAUGAAGAGAACAAGUCCAAGUGGACAUGUACCCAGAGCAGCAUCAGCCCCCAGUACAACAUCUGCGAGCAGAUGGUUCAGAUCCGGGAUGACCACAUCCGCUUCAUCUCUGAACUCGCUCGCUACAGCAACAGUGAGGUGGUGACAGGCUCCGGGCUGGACAGCCAGAAGUCAGACGAGGAAUACCGUGAGCUCUUCGACCUGGCCUUGCGGGGCCUGCAGCUUUUAUCCAAGUGGAGCGCCCAUGUCAUGGAGGUGUACUCUUGGAAGCUGGUUCACCCCACAGACAAGUUCUGCAACAAGGACUGCCCAGGCACAGCGGAGGAGUACGAGAGAGCCACGCGCUACAACUACACCAGCGAGGAGAAGUUUGCCUUUGUCGAGGUGAUUGCCAUGAUCAAAGGCCUGCAGGUACUCAUGGGCAGGAUGGAGAGCGUCUUCAACCAGGCCAUCAGGAACACCAUCUACGCGGCCCUGCAAGACUUUGCCCAGGUGACACUGCGUGAGCCCCUGAGGCAGGCGGUGCGGAAGAAGAAGAAUGUCCUUAUCAGUGUCCUCCAGGCAAUUCGAAAAACCAUCUGUGACUGGGAAGGGGGCCGAGAGCCGCCUAAUGACCCGUGCUUGAGAGGGGAGAAGGACCCCAAAGGUGGAUUUGACAUCAAGGUGCCCCGGCGUGCUGUGGGGCCCUCCAGCACACAGCUGUACAUGGUGCGGACCAUGCUUGAAUCACUCAUUGCAGACAAAAGUGGCUCCAAGAAGACCCUGAGAAGCAGCCUUGAUGGACCCAUCGUCCUCGCCAUAGAGGACUUCCAUAAACAAUCCUUCUUCUUCACGCACCUGCUCAACAUCAGUGAAGCCCUGCAGCAGUGUUGUGAUCUGUCUCAGCUCUGGUUCCGAGAAUUCUUCCUGGAGUUAACCAUGGGCCGGCGAAUCCAGUUUCCAAUUGAGAUGUCCAUGCCCUGGAUUCUAACAGACCAUAUCCUGGAAACCAAAGAACCUUCCAUGAUGGAGUACGUCCUCUACCCUUUGGACCUGUACAAUGACAGCGCCUACUAUGCUCUGACCAAGUUUAAAAAGCAGUUCCUGUAUGAUGAGAUUGAAGCUGAGGUGAACCUGUGCUUUGAUCAGUUUGUCUACAAGCUGGCGGACCAGAUCUUUGCUUACUACAAAGCCAUGGCUGGCAGUGUCCUGUUGGAUAAACGUUUUAGGGCCGAGUGUAAGAAUUAUGGAGUCAUCAUUCCAUACCCGCCGUCCAACCGCUAUGAAACGCUGCUGAAACAGAGACAUGUCCAGUUGUUGGGUAGAUCAAUUGACUUAAACAGACUCAUUACCCAGCGUAUCUCUGCUGCCAUGUAUAAAUCCUUGGACCAGGCCAUCAGCCGUUUUGAGAGUGAGGACCUGACUUCCAUCGUGGAGUUGGAGUGGCUGCUGGAGAUCAACCGGCUCACGCACCGGCUGCUGUGUAAGCACAUGACCCUGGACAGCUUUGACGCCAUGUUCCGGGAGGCCAAUCACAAUGUGUCUGCCCCCUAUGGCCGCAUCACCCUGCACGUCUUCUGGGAGCUGAACUUCGACUUCCUCCCCAACUACUGCUACAAUGGGUCCACCAACCGUUUUGUUCGAACUGCCAUUCCUUUUACUCAAGAACCACAAAGAGAUAAACCCGCCAACGUCCAGCCUUAUUACCUGUAUGGAUCCAAGCCUCUCAACAUUGCCUACAGCCACAUCUACAGCUCCUACAGGAACUUCGUCGGGCCCCCCCAUUUCAAGACCAUCUGUAGACUCCUGGGUUACCAGGGCAUCGCCGUGGUCAUGGAGGAACUGCUGAAGAUCGUCAAGAGUUUGCUCCAAGGAACCAUUCUCCAGUACGUGAAGACACUGAUCGAGGUGAUGCCUAAGAUAUGCCGCUUGCCCCGACACGAGUAUGGCUCCCCAGGGAUCCUGGAGUUCUUCCACCACCAGCUGAAGGACAUCAUUGAGUAUGCAGAGCUCAAAACAGAUGUGUUCCAGAGCCUGAGGGAGGUGGGCAAUGCCAUCCUGUUCUGCCUGCUCAUAGAGCAAGCUCUGUCUCAGGAGGAAGUCUGUGAUUUGCUCCAUGCUGCACCCUUCCAAAACAUCUUGCCUAGAGUCUACAUCAAAGAAGGGGAGCGUCUGGAGGUCCGGAUGAAACGCCUGGAGGCCAAGUAUGCCCCUCUUCACCUGGUCCCUCUGAUAGAGCGGCUGGGGACCCCUCAGCAAAUCGCCAUCGCCCGGGAGGGCGACCUGCUGACCAAGGAGCGGUUGUGCUGCGGCCUGUCCAUGUUUGAGGUCAUCCUGACACGCAUCCGGAGCUACCUACAGGACCCCAUCUGGCGGGGCCCACCGCCCACCAAUGGCGUCAUGCACGUCGAUGAGUGUGUAGAGUUCCACCGGCUCUGGAGUGCCAUGCAGUUCGUCUACUGCAUCCCUGUGGGGACCAACGAGUUCACAGCUGAGCAAUGUUUUGGUGACGGUCUGAACUGGGCCGGCUGCUCCAUCAUCGUCCUGCUGGGCCAGCAGCGUCGCUUCGACCUGUUUGACUUCUGUUACCACCUGCUAAAAGUACAGAGGCAGGACGGGAAGGAUGAGGUCAUUAAGAAUGUGCCACUGAAGAAGAUGGCAGACAGAAUUAGGAAGUACCAGAUCUUGAACAAUGAGGUUUUUGCCAUCCUGAACAAGUACAUGAAGUCCGUGGAGACGGACAGCUCCACCGUAGAGCACGUACGUUGCUUCCAGCCACCCAUCCACCAGUCCUUGGCCACCACCUGCUAGGCGGAAGGUCCUGCAGACCCUCGACCUGGAGGAGAAGAAGCAGGAGAGAGAAAGCCAUGGCCAGCCUGCAACAGGGUCCUCCUGGACAGCAUAUGGGAUAGGCCUGGACACAAACAAGAACCUCCCCAAACACAUCUACACCUCCCAAGGGCUGGGCCUGUGCAUGCUCUCCCAUGACAUCUCCAUGGUGGUUUCUCCAUAGCAUAAAUGAAAAAAAAAAAAAAAAAAUCAAAAGAAACAGGGCAGUAUGUGCUUUUUCUUUUCUUUUUUCCCCUCAGCUGUAUUAAGAGCCCUAGUCUCACCCCUUCUCCAUCUCACAGCCCCACCCCACAUCCAUGGUUGCUUCUCAAGACCUCCUCCCAAAUGGUGACCUCCUACCCAGUGCCCACACGUGACCUCAGAAGUGAAGUCUCAGAGCGGAGAAAAGAGCAUGGCCAUAACCCGAGAUACCAGCCUGAGCUGACAGGAGUAUGUCCACGUACCGACUUCCUCUCCUCCUCUGGCUCCCUCCCCUCAUUUUCCCAGGUGACAUCUCCCCCUGCUCUGGGUGCCAAGGAUUCUAGCACCCACAGCAGUCAUGGACCAGACACUGAGAGCCAUGGGAAACAGAAGACGAGGUUCCUGGUACUGACACCAUGAUUGAUGGUGGUGGCCCUGGCUGUCCCUGGACUCCCCAAACCCCACUCCCCUCUCAGGUGCUCCUAGAGAGAACUCAGAAGUGCAUUCAUAAUCGUAUCUUACUUAGUGAAGUUAUGGUAGGAAGAUGGUCAGGUCUGUUGUGCAGAAACAGUAUUUAUUAACACAGCCAGGAAUUCCAUAGCCCCAAACAGAAAGCCAUUAGACCAUCUCAGCUUGGUGAGGAAGUGGUUCCUUUAUUCAUCAAUCAAAUACUGUGAGCACCAAGCUGCACAGGGCAGUGGAUGCUGGGGAUGCAGCAUGGAACAAGUCAGUCAUGCACUGCUCACCGCAUUAGCCAGUGACCAAAUUAGGGACAACUUCUCUGCACAGACUCUCAUCAAGGAACACUCCCACGAGAAAGAAAAUAUUAAGGGGUUAUUUCAACAGAAGCCCAAAACAUAUUGGAGUCAGGGAGGUGAGGAAUAUAAAUAACACUUGUCAAUGAACUUUUAGUACCAGGAUGCACUCCCAGAAAAGGAGUCCUGUUCUACUGAAUCAGUACUUCCAUUGUCCUAGAAGCUGAAAGAUUCCUAGGACAUUUUAUCUUUUAUUCUCAACAUCCUUAGUUCUCUUUAACUUAGAUUUUGAGGCCUGGGGCAUAUCGCACAGGGGCAUAUCUAUGUGCAUUUCUCAGACUCAACCAAAAGUCUGCAGAAUCUCCCAGUGAGCAUAGGGAGACUGGUUAGAAGGAUGGAAGGCUUUGGGAAUGAAUGUCUCAUUACAGAGCACCUCUUGCUCAAAGAAGCCUGGGACCCUGAGCUUGUAAGAAAAUAAAAGUGAGACAUUUGAUAUCUCAUCCCCAACCCAGGGAGGAAAAGAAAAGUGAGAAAAAUAAAACAAUAAUGGUCCCCUCCCUUAGGGUGGAUGAAUGGAAAUGGUUACCAUUAACAGAUGGCCCAUUUUAACCCCAUGGAAAGAGCAAAACAAUCCAUAGCAAGAGGUUGUGUGAUACACUGUGCCCACCAGGGAGGAAAGAAGGGCUCAUCAAAUGUGGUCCAAAGGCCUAUAUCAACAUGUCCUGAGACUAGCACAUUGGAUGCAGAUUCCUGGGCCGUACCUCAAACCAAUUAACCAGAGUAAGGGAAAUCUGCACUAUCCACAAGCCCUCUUUGUUGUACUGUUGCACAAGGAAAUCUGAGGACCACUGCUGUAGAGGGUCUUUCCACCACUAGGGCUUUGAGCUCCUUCUGAGCCAUGAAAGAAAAUAUUUGUAGGGUAGGACAGUGAUUCAGGGUGGACCGGCAGAUCCUCUCAUCCUUAGAUGCGACUUCCUAUUCUGAUUUUUUAAUUUUUUUCUUCUUGGUGACCAUAGAUGCGCCAAAGGCAAAAGGGAGAGGCUACACACACCGCAUGAUAGAACUACAUGGUGGAACACACCUUCAAAACCCACCAAAAAAAAUCUCUAAGCUGCAGAGAAUCUUCAGUCCUGUCCGGGGACAGUGGCUCUUUCAGAUAGGUGACUGGCUAUUAAGUCCUAGAGAUUAUUCCAAAUCCAUGAUCAUUGCCUUUGUGGAGAUUUGGGUCAUCCAUUUGAGGAGACUGCUAUUUCAAUAACCUGUCCUUCCUGUUCUGCAUCUGUAACCCUGAAUUUGACCCCUUGGGUAGAAUCCUAUUAUCCUCAAGAGACUUGAUCCUGGUAAAUUGAGGUCUUCACCUAAAUGAAAGACAUUUCGUUUCCCUGAUUCGCCAGCAACAUUUAUUUAUGAAUACCAAACAGCUUUAAUAUUCUUUCCUCCCUGGUAUUACUGCCUCCUUUUGAUUUGAUUUUUUUGUGUGUCUAAGAAGCAGGAAAAAAAAAAUCUUAGGUUUUAAAAAGUUAAAAAAAAUUGUUUCAAAAACUGUCAAAUGUACCAUAUUUGUAUUAAGAGUUGUUGGGAAUUUUUGUACAAUGAAUUUACAUUUAUUUAUGGUGACUUAUAUUUACGCUUGUGAUCAAAUCAUGAUGUUAAAUUCUUAAAUCAUAUUUGCUAUGCAGCUGAAGAUGAUAUUUUGCUUUGUAUUUUGGGGUACCUGUGUUGAGUUGAUAAACAUUUCCAUCUCUACAUCUCCAUUAAAACUUCCAAACCAG